AGCAUUUUGGUGAGCAUGAGCGGUGAUGUAUGUAUUUGUUGUGUGUUUAUAAUCGGUGCUUAUUGAGUUAAUGUCCGUUCAUAACGGCUUUGUGUGUAUGAGAGAGAUUUCACUGAGGCCCCUCCCACUCCUGCUCUCACGCCCCACCCGAAUCGGGUUUAUGUAACCAAGGAAACGGUUCAUCACGAAAGUCGCCCUUGUUCUCGCGAGAGUUGAUGAAGGUGUCCGUGUUCACGCGAGAGUUGAUGAAUGUGUCCGUGUUCUCGCGAGAUCUGGCUACAGCGCCCCCUCCCUGUGCUAAUGCGGAGAGAAGGGAGGAGAAGCGUUUAGCGCUAGCAGCUUUUUCAAACACAAACACAUUUCAAUAUCGCGCUCUGAAGCUCUUUUUCCUCCUCAGAAGCGCGGAACGCAGGACAGGGACAUUAUAUACGUUUCUUUUCACCCGGAGAGUGUCACUGAAAGCGGCUGGAGGCCGCAGGAGCCGCGGGAGAGAAGCUGAGGGAAGAAAAGCGGCCUGUUUUGUUCCUGAUCUCCGGAGCCGCAGCUCGCGCGCCCGGUCCAACACAUCUCACCGUUUUUGUAUUAUCUCUUUUCUCUCUUUAUGCGGUGUUUCUUGUUUUUUUGUUUGUUUGUUUUUUUCUGUUUUGGAGAUUUUAAUCGCAUGCAUUUUGUGCUCGUGUGUCCUGAGAGCGAGUCUCCGGAGCUGCUGGUUAGCGAGCGGAACCGAUUUUCGGCGCUUCGGGAGAACUUGAGGGAAAAGCGGCCUGUUUUGUUUUUGCAACAGCGGCGCCAUGAACAAUAACACACACCGGGUUUAACGAGCUCCUCUACUUCCGCUCUCCGGUGUGUACGGGACAACUACACUGGAUUGUGGGAAAUAAUCCGGAGCUGUGUGUGUGUGUGUGUGUGUGUGUGUGUGUGUGUGUGUGUGUGUGAGAGAGAGAGAAGUGAGUACACACAGGAUCCGGAGAUCCGGCUGUUUGAAUUCGGGAGCUGCGGUUCUGCUGCACGCGCCGCCGUGUGAUUUCCUGCGCUUUGAAAAAAAUCUCAUGAGCCUGUAAACAAGCGGACUUUUCCCCUGCACCUCAUUUCGGAUGUAUUUGGGACGCCACCGGAGCGCGUGCACUGCAUUUCUCCGGUGAUGAUGAUUAUUUUUGCGUAUUUCCUGCCAUGGAAGCGAGAGCGCGCGUGCACGGCGUAGCGGCUGUAACGGCGGUGAGCGUGCAGUGUGAGGAGGAGAGACGUUUCUGCGACAUCACGCCGCACGUGUGAAGAUUUUAAUCCUGAACUGACCCUGUAACCUCGUGCAUUAACUACGCGCUCGUGCACUGCGCGAUUAUUAAUUUUGAGCUCCUCAGCAGCGUUACAGCAGAGACUGUGUGUGUGUUUCUCCCUGAUCCUGACCCCCCCUCUCCCCCUGUGCGGACAUGAACCCGGUAAACGCGACGGCUCUGUACGUGUCCGCGUGCCGCUCGGUGCUGCGCUGCGACCCCCGGGACCCGCAGGCUCUCUCCGAGCUCUACAAACUGCUGCCGUUCUUCAGACAGUCUCUGUCCUGCCUGGUGUGCGGGAAUUUGCUCCAGGAUCCAAUCGCUCCGACCAACUCCUCGUGCCAGCACUACGUCUGCAAAGCGUGCAAAGGUAAGAAGAUGAUGAUGAAGCCGUCGUGCAGCUGGUGUAAAGACUACGAGCAGUUCGAGGAGAACAAGCAGCUGUGUAUUCUGGUGAACUGCUACAGGAAGUUGUGCGAGUACAUCGCAGGUUCACCUCUUGCUAAGCACAUUUCCAGCGAAGUGGGCGGAGCCCCGGACAUCCUGGCUCUGCUGACCGAGGGUCUCUCGUCGGACAAGGCGGGAGACGAGGGUUUCUCGCCGAACCCAUCGCAGCACUCUCCUGCUCCCUCGAGUUCGGACACGCCUCCUGAAGAGCACCAGUCCCUGUGCUGCUCUGAGAUCAAGCAGCAGCCGCCAAGCCCGCUGGGAGUAAACGGCCUACGGGACUGUAACGGGUUGAGCAACUUGGACGAGCUGCCGGCCGGCCUGCCCUCACCUCACAGCAGCGUGGAAGUGGAGGUGGGCAGCGAGGCGGUGAAGCAGGAGAACUUCAGCAGCGAGAUUCCAGUGUGCGAGGCCGUAGCGGCGGCCGGAGAGGAGCUCUGUGCCUCCAGCAUGGACAUGUGUGCAUUUGACGAGGAUAUAAAACACGCAGGCGGAACUCUUUUACUGAGCGUGGAGGAGGUGCUUAGGACUCUGGAGCCUGAUCCGGUUCCUCAGGUAGAAUGUUCUGCUAUUCUCCAGCCGAGCCUCGGAGCUUCAGGGAAUAUAAACGGACCCUUCGGAUGUUCUGCUGCCUCGGCCGACGCUUCCCGACCGCUUCCCUCGCUUCCCCUAGACUCUGCAGGGGUGUUAGCUCCACAGUAUCCUCAUCACAACCCUCAGACGUCCUCCGGAAUUUCCUGUUCUGCCAUAACUCCCAGAGUUCCACGCUCGAAUCGCAAACGCUCGCGUUCUGAAAGCGACAGUGAGAAGAUCCAGCCCCUGCCCAUCUCCACCAUCAUCAGAGGGCCGGCUCUCUGCGCCUCGGCGCCCGUUGCUAUAAAGUGCGAACCUAAAACUCUGACGCUCACCUCGCCCAACAUGGCUGCUGUCCCGAACGGUGGAGGACUUCCCAAAGUGGGCAAAGCUCUGAUCGUGCCCAACAAACCCAUCAAAAAGAGCAUUGAGCAGCACGGACCUAAAAAGGCGUACGCGAAGUCCAAACAGAGCGCCCCGAAAACGAAAGACAAGACGAAAGAGCGGCUGGUGAGUAAUCCUCUGGCGCCGGGGAGUCCGACGAAGGUGGUGUACAAAAAACCGCAGGAGAAGAAAGGCUGUAAAUGUGGCAGGGCCACCCAAAACCCAAGUGUUCUUACAUGUCGGGGUCAGCGCUGCCCCUGCUACUCCAACCGCAAGGCCUGUCUGGACUGCAUAUGCCGUGGCUGCCAGAACUCCUACAUGGCCAACGGCGAGAAGAAACUGGAAGCGUUUGCGGUGCCAGAGAAAGCCCUGGAGCAGACGAGGCUCACGCUGGGCAUCAACCUCACCAGCAUCGCCAUGAAGAACGCCGGCGGCAGUGGGACUCCCGGCGCGCUGAACGUCACCUCGGCGGCAGGUUCGCCCAUGGCCUCGUUCCUGGCAGCCGGGCCUCACGAGGACGAGGCGUUGGACAUGAGGUUUGACUGUUGAGUCGUGCACAAUGCUCUUAUCAUCGUGUGAACCCUUAUUCCUUAUUCCAGCCCGGCUCGCUUGCGCCCCGGAGACGAGCCAGUGGAGUCGUCAAUAAGGCAGCUACUGUGAUUCUGUUCCAGUUCAUGUUAUUGAAUUAGUCAUUGCUGAAGCCUGUGCCUAUAAAUCACUUGUAACACCUUUCUUUUUUUAUUAUUUUAUUAUUGUCUUACACACUAGUGACUUGAGAGUCAUGUUACUGUAAGUUGAUGGAAUUCUGUUUUUGUUUUUUCCCCCCAUUUCAGUACAAGUGAUCUAUACGGCAUUAACUUUAGCAAAGAGAUGCCUGACCUCGUUGUUGAGGGUCAUGUUAUGUGGAUUUGUGGAUGAUUUUCAGUUUGUAGGCUAGAAGACGAGACCUGUUGGAUGAAAUGGUACCUGCUACGUCAGUAGAGACUGGUUGUAUUUAUAAGCUUUUUUGUACACCGACUUAUGAACCCCGAUUUAAAAAGUACAUUUUAUGAUAUUUUUUAAGUUACAUUAACAACAUUUGCAGUAUUUAUUGGGCAUCACUUAACAUAGAUUACAGGCCAUCUAGGGCUUCAUCGGGAUUUCUACAGAUGCAAUUCACUGAGAUGCAGUAUGUUCGGUUUCUGUCUAAAUUAUGUUGCGGUCCUGUUUGUGCUAGUUUAUGCUGUCUAAAACUGUUUUUUUUUUUUUUUUUUUUUUUUUUUUUCCUUUGGGCAUUUAAAUACCUGUAAUAUAAAUGUAACAUAUUUCCACAAAAAAAAAACUGACUCGUGUCUUUUUUUCUUUAACCAAAUGAAUGAAAAACUAUUAUUAUUUUUUUAUUAUUGCUCUGGAGCUUUUUUAUUUACUGAUGGAUUUGAUGCUGUUCCAUUUUAUGACCACAAGUGGGCAGUAGAGGGACGGCAGCGAGGCAGUACCAGUCAUGAUUUCAGAAUUAAGGUGAGAUGUGACACGUCAACAUUUAUUAUAUCCAGCUGAAGAACAUCACAGGACUUUAAACUGACUGAAAGAUUUGUUCAGCCUAAAGUUUCUUAAUAACUUUCACAUUUUUAUUCCUGUAUACACAUUACAAACUUGUGUGUGUGUCUUGCAUUGCAUUCAAGUUUUUGUCUACAAAUAUUAAACUGAUCCUCUCUACAGAACGAACACUCCUGCCUUACACACAUGUGGAACAUCUGGUUUGUGGCUGUAGGCAUGUGAGAGAGCGAUAAUGACCCUGAUCAUUACCUCAUGACCUCGGUUCCUUUUUCUCUUACAGUGUGUACGAGUGGCGUGAGAGACUGAGCAUGCUCCAAUGUCUCGGAUAGACACGGCCCUGAAGGCAAGUGACUCACAGGGAAAAGUCCCUGUGCAAGAAGUGCACACAGGUUUAUCUGAUAUUUUAAAAUGAACUGUUUUGAGUUCAAACUCAAACAAUACGGCCUCACUGCUCCUCAGAUCCAACAGCUUUCCUUCUUGCGCAACUAAAUGAUAACGUGAGUGAAGUUGUGCAACUUAAACAUGUUUAAAAACAACAACUGAUUUCCUUUCGAGUUCAGGAUUAUAAUUUGAAUCAUUCCAUUUAGACAGUU